GAUCCGGUGAAGUUACUGACCCCUUCGGAGAUCUCCACGUUGAAGGAGAUCAUGAAACGUGAUGCAGUACAUGAGGCGCAGUACCGUACUAAACAAGCGCGUAUGGCCCAGGAAUUGCGUACGCUCGGCCCUGCGUCGCGAAGCGCCUGGUGGGAGCGUGACCAUGUUCCGAGCAUGGCCAUGAAUCGAAGGCCCGAACGGUUCGAUGUGAAGUAUCCAAGAGCGCCCAAUGCGGACCGGAGCUCGAACACGAAUUCGAGGAAGAAGGGCGUGAGGAGAGAAGGCAUUCGGAUACCAAGGAAACUUCCUCCUGAGUUGGCCAAUCGCCCUGAGCAACUCGUGCCGAUCAGACUCGAGUUUGAUGUGGAGCAUCAUAAGAUGCGCGAGACGUUUGUUUGGAACCUAAAUGAUCCCGUUAUCACCCCGGAACACUUUGCGCAGACGCUCAUUGAGGAUUAUGCGCUGCCCCAGAGUUAUUAUGGUGUCAUCACGAGAGCGAUUCAGGAGCAGUUGAGUGACUUCAAGGCUCACAUUGCCAGCAUGGAUGGCGACUGGAAACCGCCAACCGCAACGAGGGACAUGGCGUUGACGGAUGGCUAUAAAGCGGAUGAAGAAGACGGAACCGACGCGGACAUGCGGGAGACGGACGCUGAAGACGAUGACUCGAUCAUGGUGGACCGGGGCAAUCUUGACGAUGAGGAUGUGAAAUGGUGGGAAUCGUGGCGCAAGCGAGCACGGCAGGAAAGCGCAUUCUCUCGCAGCAUAUCCUCGAAGAAUCGUCGUAAACGGCGCAAGGUGGCAUCGGUCAAGGCUGAAGAAAGUGACGCAUUCGAGACUGACAAGGAGAGGCCACGCAACCCGGAUGAGAUCGAGGUCGAUGAGAAGACGGUGCAUGAGGAUUUACGUAUCUUGAUCAAGCUCGACGUCAUCGUCGGAUCCAUGAAAUUGGAUGAUCAAUUUGAAUGGGAUCUUGAGAAUGUGGAUGCCUCACCUGAACAGUUCGCAGAGGUGUAUGCGAAAGAGUUGGGUCUCGGUGGGGAAUUCAAAACGGCCAUUGCGUAUUGCAUACGAGAACAAGUUCAAAUUUAUCAAAAGUCGUUGUUCCUCGUUGGGCACCCCUCAGAUGGAUCGCAUGUCCAAGACGAUGACUUGCGCAUGUCCUUCCUGCCCGGUCUUACAGCCGGUGCCAGAGCGAUGGAUCAAGUACAGUUGUUCACUCCGCUGCUCAACUAUCUCAGUGACGGCGAGAUUGAACGUAGUGAGAAAGAGAGGGAGAAAGAGCUCACCAAGCGUAGGAAGCGGAAUACACGGGGUCGUCGGGGCAUCGCUUUGCCUGAUCGGGAGCCUAAUCGCACAUACCGCACACCUGCCAUCGGCUUCCCAGAGCUGGAUGCUGCAACCCUUGCAUUGGCAGCCGCGAACGCGCCAACGUCAAGACGUGCUGCGGCAGCCGCUGCUUCUCUCACGAUUGCCAACAUGGUGGCCUCAGAAAAUGGCACGAGCGUCAUGCCGCUGCAGUUGCCUCCCCAGCAGAACAUCUCUACUGUCGCCGCUGGAAAAGAGAAGAAACCUAAAGGGUUGUUCAAGGCCCCUUCGUAUCCUUCUUCUGUGCUUCGCCCUCGUGCUCAGGUCACUGCUCCCACCCCCUCGACAGCGGUUGAAUCGGCGUCGAUGCUGCCUUCAUCGUUUCUUGACACUGAUGCACCUGCCUCCUCAGUUAGUAAUCCUCCCCCCGAUUCGCGAGCCGUUGCAAAGAAGGCCAAGGAGCUCGAAAGGGAGGCCAAGGAAAAAGAGUUUGUCGACGGCCAGCAUGCUAACGUGAUUAAUGGGGUGUGGCACUGCUCGAACUGUGGGUGUCCGGAGAGCGUUGCUAUCGGACGAAGGAAGGGUCCGUUGGGGGACAAAUCACAAUGUGGCACAUGUGGUAAAUUUUGGCAUCGACACCGCAGACCCCGCCCUGUGACAUAUAAUCAGGAUCCCGAUUACCAUUUGGGCCUAAGACACGAAACGGAACAUGUUAAAAUCGGGACAAAACGAAAAGGACGAGCGCCCAAUUCUCAAGUGGCUGCUGAUGGCCAAGAUACGCCCAGUCGACAGAAAUCAGACCUCUCCGUCGAUAUCUCUACUCGACUGCUGAACUCUGUACUACCUUCCGAAGACGACAGAGCCAUGUCGCCAGUAUCUACUGCCUCUAGUGAUACAGAAGCUCCCCUUGCCCAACGCAUCACAAAAGUCAACGGUGCCAGCCAUGGAGGACUUGUAUCGUCACCUGGGUCACCUCGUCCAGCAGGAAAUGGGAAUGCGCAUCCCACUUCACCCAUGGAAAGUAGUACUGCUGCUCCAAUUUCAAACGGCUCAUACGUGAGCGCCGCUCCGCCCUGGCUAACGACAGCAAUUCGUUCGCUUCAGGAACAAUACCCAGAUGAUAAGUUCGAGGCAAUCCUGCGUAGACCGGUUCCACGUGCUAUACUAGAGUGGAGGAUGAAAUGCUUGGAUUGCCCUGGCAAGCUAUAUAACUCUGGGCCUGGAGAUACGCUGCAGAACUAUGAAGUUCAUCUUAGAAACCGGCAACAUCGAUUACGGGUGAACGCUCGUCUGACGCAGGCGCCAGCAUCAUAGUAGUAGAGGUUUUCGUCGUGUCGGCUGGCUUGUGCUAUCUUAAUAUUUCUCUUUUGUGCAUCUGUUGUGCUCAUCUGCUAUCUGUAUAACGUAUAUACCUUUGCUUGUAAUCGCUAUUGGAUUACUAAACCCCACUGAUGAAGUUCCUGAGCUAGCGUCGAGGCGCGAGUGGGGUCGAUUGGCGCGUAGUUAUUUGCAACUUGUAACAUUAGAC